CCUUACUUGCUCACUUCAGAGACAGCCCAUCUCACAAUACAGCUGGCAACCUCGGAAAGGCCUCCAUUCAGCAAGAGCUAACAUGCUUAGGAAUUUAUCUGAGAUCCUCUAAAAGACUGCCUAUCGCCAUCUGGAAUCAAUGUAGAAAUACGAAGUCUGAGAAUAAAAAGAAGGAAGAAGUACGGACGAAGAGGACGAAGGACGGCAAGUGUUUAAAGACUGAAGCAAGACUGGCAACUUAUGGCUAACAUUCUGAACGUAAAGACAUUUUAAUUUUGGAAUAUUCACCUUGACGGCCGAAGUACAAGUUUAUAUGAGGACUGGUCGUGUUCAACUUGGAACAGUUUUUCCUUAAGCUUGCAGCUUUAUGGGUUGGCUUCCUUGACUGCAUUUUCUGUCAGUUAACUAUACUCCGGACUCAUGGAUUUUCUAGACCAGAAAACCAGACUAUUUUCCUGAAGAAUCUACUAGAAACUUUUAAGCAACACAUUUCAUGUUUCCUUUGAAGAGUUCAGAGAAGAAAGCAUUUGUAAGAACAGGAAAAGAAACAAAUAAUUUGCAAAUAAAUUGGCUGUUGCUGUGACCACAUCUGAAUACCAAAGGCGAUCACUGCAGACAAAAGGACUCCUGUAAGCUGUACUGCCCGACAAUGGUAAGCUCCAAUGGCUCCCACUGCCCUUAUGACGACUCCUUUAAGUACACUUUGUAUGGGUGCAUGUUCAGCAUGGUGUUUGUGCUUGGGCUGAUAUCCAACUGUGUUGCGAUAUAUAUUUUCAUCUGUGCCCUCAAAGUGAGAAAUGAAACUACAACAUACAUGAUUAACCUGGCAAUGUCAGAUUUACUUUUCGUCUUUACUUUGCCAUUUCGGAUUUUUUACUUUGCAACACGGAAUUGGCCAUUUGGAGAUCUGCUCUGUAAGAUUUCAGUAAUGCUGUUUUACACCAAUAUGUAUGGAAGCAUUCUGUUCUUAACCUGUAUCAGUGUAGAUCGAUUUCUGGCAAUUGUCUACCCAUUUAAGUCAAAGACUUUAAGAACUAAACGAAAUGCAAAGAUUGUUUGCACUGCGGUGUGGUUCACCGUGAUGGGAGGAAGCGCGCCUGCAGUUUUCUUUCAGUCGACCCACUCUCAGGGUAACAAUACCUCAGAAGCCUGCUUUGAGAACUUUCCAGCAGCCACGUGGAAAACUUAUCUCUCCAGGAUUGUGAUUUUCAUUGAAAUAGUGGGGUUUUUUAUCCCCCUUAUUUUGAACGUAACUUGUUCUAGUGUGGUGCUAAGAACUUUAAAUAAACCUGUUACAUUAAGUAGAAGCAAAAUGAACAAAACUAAGGUUUUAAAAAUGAUUUUUGUCCACUUGGUCAUCUUCUGUUUCUGUUUUGUGCCCUACAACAUCAAUCUCAUUCUGUACUCGCUCAUGAGGACGCAGACCUUUGUUAACUGCUCUGUGGUAGCUGCAGUGAGGACGAUGUACCCGAUCACUCUCUGCAUUGCUGUCUCCAACUGUUGCUUUGACCCCAUUGUUUACUACUUCACUUCAGACACAAUUCAGAAUUCAAUAAAAAUGAAAAACUGGUCUGUUAGAAGAAGUGACUCCAGGUUCUCUGAAGUUCAGGGCACCGAGAAUUUUAUCCAACACAAUCUACAGACCUUAAAAAGUAAAAUAUUUGAUAAUGAAUCUGCAAUAUAAGCUGCCUGACUAUGCCACUGGGACUGCUCCGUGUUCAACUGUGAAAACUGUUCUUGGGAACUCUCUCUCCAGCUCCAACAGAAAAUUAACAUGAGGAUGGUUAUGUGUUUUUAAAGGAACUUUGUGUCUGUUGUGUUAAACAUUAAAGUUUAUUCUAUUCUUGUAUGCA